CCGCUCGCCCCCGCGCUCUCGAGUGGCUGACUAACCUGAGUCGCGGUGCGCUUGCGCGCGGGCAGAGUUUCCGUGGCAACCGCGCGGCUCGCUGUUUGUCCUCUCUCGCCCUCGUGCGGCUCCCGGAAUCCGCGCCUGCGCCGAGGCCUCGGCCCUGAGGUGGUCGAACGUGCCGCUGGGGGAGUCGGCGCUUGGAGGACCCAAGAAUAUCUAAAGCCACGGGGAAAAUGGUGGAAAAUUCACCGUCGCCGUUGCCAGAAAGAGCGAUUUAUGGCUUUGUUCUUUUCUUAAGCUCCCAAUUUGGCUUCAUACUGUAUCUUGUGUGGGCUUUUAUUCCUGAAUCUUGGCUAAACUCCUUAGGCUUAACUUAUUGGCCUCAAAAGUAUUGGGCCAUUGCUCUGCCUGUGUAUCUCCUCAUUACCGUAGUCAUCGGUUAUGUCCUCUUAUUUGGAAUAAACAUGAUGAGUACGUCUCCACUUGACUCCAUUCAUAAUAUCACAGAUAACUAUGCCAAAAACCAACAGCACAAGAAAGACCAAGAAGAGGCCAUCCCAGCACUAAGAGAUAUUCCUAUUAGUGAAGUAAACCAAAUGUUCUUUCUUGAAGCCAAGUAACUUUACACCGAAAACUUAAUUGUAUGUAGACUAAUACCAAACAUUUAGUAUAAAUUUUUGACAUAAAGGUUUCAACCAUACUAAUUUAGGUUGUCUUUCUGAUUAAUAUAC